AUGAAGUACCAAAGAGAUCCUGACGUGAAUCCUGAUGUGAAGAACAGCCAGGCAGUCAAUGAAGACUAUAGAAACUCUGGUUAUAGCAGAGGCCACCUCGCCCCCAGUGGUCACCAACAGACAGAAGAAGACAAAAAGGCUACCUUCACCCUGACAAAUAUUGUUCCUCAAAUGGAAAAGUUCAAUAACGGCCCCUGGAAAAUUCUGGAAGAAAGCAUGGCAAAAAGACUUGAAGUCUGCACAUCAAAAAUGUAUGUUAUCACUGGAGUCAUGCCUUAUGUGAAUGAUGAACCCACGAUCAAUAACAGGGUGACUGUUCCUGAGUACUUUUGGACUGCUUACUGCUGCCCAACGUUCACAGCUGGACUGCAGAAUUACUUUCCUACUUUUGCUGCAGUGGGAAGAAAUGAUCCCAACAGUAAAGAUGACAUUGUGAAAAAAAACACAGAAGAUGGCCAUGAUGUGAUGGAGAUGUCCUUGGAGGACCUGGAGAAGAUCCUGCAAAAAAGGCUAAAGAUGCCUAAAAUGAGUCUCUUUAAAAAUGAAUCUCUUCCCUACUCCGGCUCUGGUGCCCAAGAUGCAGCGGAGCGGAGGUGGAAGCUCCUGCCUUAA